CAUGCACCAGCACACAAACUUAUGUUGGGAUUACUACGGCUCUUUUCGUUGUUGCUGUUUCAUCACGAGUCUCAUGGGUUGUUGCUGCUGGUUAUCAAACAACUGUUAAAGAGCAAGUCACCCCCAAAUCAACUAUUUUUUCUGAUAAACUAUAUAAAUGCGUGUCUAAUCGUGCUGCAGACACGUGUAGUCAAUAGUUUUGCACUUUAGUGCAUUUUAGUUUAAAUUUUAAUUUUCUGCCUAAAACUGUCGGCCUUGUGCCGUUGUCAGAUAAAAACUCUGCACUGCAUUUGAAUUUAAAUCUGCCAUUGCUAUUGGCUAAGAGGUACCCUAGAACGUUAGCUGGUACCAUAUGAUGUCACAAUGUCGUUGUGAGCCUGUGUGUGUGUGUUAGCGGCUCCGCCCUCUCGGUCUGCUAGGCAAAUGCAUUUGUUGCAUUUUUCAAACAGGAAGUGGGAGUGGAGUAAUACUCUGGUAGGGUGUGACUUGCUCUUUAAGUUCUCAAGAAAUGAAAUGUGAGACCAAGAAUAAGCAUCCAGAGGGAUAAAAGCAUGUUGAAUAUUCCCACAUGACCACCGGAGGUCUAACCUUCAGUCUGAGAUCUGCGCAGGAAGGAAUCAUGUUAAUUAAAACCACAGAAUUUAAUUCAGUUAAACUGAAUUAUUUUCUAAAUUUUGUUACUUUUGUUGUUGAGAAAUGAGUGUUUAUGUGUCAUUCUUGUUCCGUUCCCUCACAGCCCAGAGGAAGUGUGUUGGGAGUGUUUUGGCUGCAACACCUUAGAGUUAUAGGGGUUUGGCUCGAGUACACAGCAGUUAGGGAGCUCUUUUUUAUUGUAACACCCGGCAGUUUAAACUUGGUUCCCAAUGUGGAAUCACAAAACUAGACGGAUGAUUAUACACAUUUGACUCAGCGUAUUUGGGUUCAAAUUGUGUGUGUGUGUGUGUGUGUCCUGCCCUCUUAGCGUCUGUGUGGGCACACUGGUGUCGGUGUUGAGUCUAGUGUUUGUCUGCUUGCUUGUCCAUCAGCUGUCCUCUUGAUCCGUGUGUUCCUGCCUACAUCUUUCUAACUCCCGCUGAAGGAGGGAAAAAGAUUCUAGCGGCGCACGGUUCUAUAACAACCGCUGAAUAUAUGAAAUGCACUCUCACAGAGAGCCAAAACGGCCAGCCCUUUGUGGUGCAACAAUGUGAAAAUAAAGAUUGAGCUAUUUUUGCCCUCUUUUACUCAAUUCACUAUGAGUUAGGAUGCACUCUGAUCAUUGAGUAAAAUAAAUGAGUGGAGGGUCACAGUAAAAGGGAAAGCUGUCUUAGCUUUCCUUGGUUCUGGAGUAAUCGCCCUGUUUGUUUCAGUUGUAGAAAUGUUGCACAACCCCACAGAUUUCAAAUGUUAGUUCACACCUCUGUGAUUUUAAUUGUUUUUUAAUUAGAAAAAAGAAUCAGGUGAGCAUUUUUAACGAACAUUUUUAAAGUGCUAAUGUUAAUUUAAACUCCAAUAAAACCAAAAAUUGUGUUAAAAAAUGAGAGUAAUACGUUUAUAUUGGAGCUGAAACUCUUGGAUGUGUAUAAAGUCGUUACUCGUGACUCAUUUUUGACAGAUGAAAACCACAGUUUCAAUAUCAUCUAGCCUCCCCACGAUGAACCUCCAUCUAAAUAAGUAUUGUACUUCCUGCUCAAUAAUCAGCAGCUGCAUGAUCAGAUUCAUCGAGUAGCUCUAAAGAAGAUGGCACAGAUAAAACGAUCAAUGUUGUCUGUAAUUUGUGUUUCUUUAAAUACCGGCUUUCACGUUGUUUCUGUUUAAUCUCCUGAGACCUGAGCCUGUAUUUGAUGUGAUUUAAAAGAAAAAAUAAUAGUUUACUCUCAUUAACAGAAACAAAAUUACAAACAUUAAAAUAAAAUGAAAAUUAAAUUUAAUUAAAAAAUUGUCAAAUUUCCUAUGAAAAUGAAAAAUUUUUAAAGUCAAUAUCAUGCGUCUAUAAAUAAUAACAAAAAGGUCUAAGGUGAAGACGAUACAAUUUUAAAAGUGCAAGGAGCCAAUGCACAUAUGUGGACACAGGACCUUAGGAGGCUAAAAGUAGAUAGGAUCAAAAUCAGAACAUUACAAACGUCGACCUGUUGGGACGGGUCACAAAGUGAAUGUUAAAUUAAUUUUGGGGCAUUUUGAUGUAGAGAUUGACCGAUAUGGUUUGUCUAUUGCAGACACUGAUGCUGAUAUGUAGCGGUCAUGGCCAGCCGAUGGCCAAUACGUGCUGCUGAUUUUUAUGGGCCAAUUUCCGUGGCUGAUAUCUAGAUGUUUUCCACCUCAUCUACAGGGUAAAAUGGCACUAAUAUCAACAGUGUAAACACAACAUUUCCGAAUUUAACCAACUAAAUCUUAAUUCUGUGAACUGAAUUAAAAUCAAUAAACUGACCAAAUAAUAGUAAAUGUCAGUUGACAAAAAUGUUUUAGAGCAUUCACUCAUUCACUGCCAGCGUUUUUCAGCGUUUUUACAGUUUUUUUAAGAGUCACAGAACGUUGUGCGCUAUGAUGAUGUCAACGCCAAAACUACCAAAACAAAGAGUAGACUCACCUCUUACAUCAGAAAGAAUCUGCGUGUUUCGAUUGUUAUCCGUUCUUUCAUAAUCCGUUGUCGAAUUAUGAUCGGCAGAAGCUUUACCGGUUCGCACCUCACUUUUUUUACAGCAGCGACCAAAACAAUCUCCUAACACAUGGAUUUUCUGCUUCCUGAUCAUGUGACGUGUGACGUAUGCGGAUGAAGAUCGGCUUUAGAGCUGGGAUUUUGCUCUCACGGUGCGGGGGCUCGUUCCGACGCCCACACAGUAAAAACAUGCAAAUGACGACUUCAGUCAUCAAUGGCAGUGAAUGAAUUAAUUAAGCAGGUGAUUUUCAUGAAGGUAAAUAUACAUUUACAGCACCAGGCUGUCCGCAGAUGUACCCGACUUUAAAUCACCUCUACUAAAAAGGUAUAUCAGCUGAUUCUCACAUAUAGAGAAAAUGGUAAAUAUCAGCCCAAUAUAUCUGCGCAAUAUAUCUGGUGUAUCCCUAUUUUGAAGUCUGUUUCUGUGUAAAAGUUAGAAAUAACAACAAUCUUAAAGGGACUUUAUGGAGUUUUGAAUUUUUAUGCUCGCGAUUGCCCCCUCAGGCCAAAAGCGUAACAGCAGCUUCAGUAGUAGGCUCGUGCACGAGGCGCGCAUGCUGUACGUGCACACUCCUUAACGAAAAUAACAGCUGAGACAGUCCCGUGUGUGUGUGUGUGGGGCCCGGAGGACAGAGGACAGGAGAACGUGCAGCUAAUUAAUUAAAUAAUUUGGUUCCAUACCUUUCUCUUCAGCACACAAAUGUUUAUGAUGGGUCAGUCCUCCUGCAUGCUCAGAUCAUGCCCUUCGCUUGCUUGAAAAAUUGUUCCAAAAUGAAGUUGAACCCACAUCUUUUUUAUCUGUGAAUUCAAUGCCGUUCGGCGAGUCUCAAAUAAAAAUUUGGGCAUCUUGCUGUAAAAAAAUAUACCAUUAAUGUAAAAAAUAAACUCUAAAUUAACUAUGUUCCCAUCCAGAAUCGAACCCGGGUCUCCCACAUGGGAGUCCGCCAUCUUAUAGACCCUUUUACUGUUUGUAAACAAUAUGACGUCAGCGAGAAUGCGCACGCAGCUUGGCAACAGAGAAUGGCGUUGUUUCAGGCUUUAUCAAGCUACGCUGUGGGGUUAUCACUGGCAAAUCUUGAAUGUUACAUUAUUAAACUCACUUUAACGAAUGGCAACAGACUCCCGGAUCCCUGUGGCAUUACGGAAUGGGUGGAAGAUGUAGGUGCGUGGCCAGAUAUCCAGUGGCCCGAUAUAUAUACGUUUUUAGUGGAGAGGCCCAGUAAGUACACACGUGAGAAGCUACGGGCAUACAAAUCGUUAGAUGCAUACAACUAUGUUGUCUGUGGCCACGUACAGAAAGUAAAACAUCACGACAUAGACUCUGAGUUUUGCUUCUUGAAGGCAGAAGUCCUUCCUAGCCAAAGACAAGGACACAAGACUGCUAUGUACGAGGCUUGGGUCAUAGUAAACAAACCAGAGAACUACGUCUUCACAGCCAACUUUACCUGCAUGGCAGGGUCAGUAUAGCAUAGGUUUCUUUUUUUAGCAUGCUCAGAGUACAAUCGUGUUAAUUUUAGAGAAAUACAGUUUAUACUAAUAUGCAGUGGGAAAAUACAAAUGAAUUAGAAUGAAAUGUUAAUUUGAAGCAUGAAAUAAAGCGUAUAAAUUUAUAUGUAACCUUAGUACAUAAUUACCUUACCUAAUAUAAAAUGGGCGCUACAACUCGAGCAUUUCGGAUCGUGUUUUCCGUCCAGUUUUCAUCAACCCUUUUGAUGGCCUGCAGCCACAGACGCCUCCGAUUUUGUUGAAAUGGAUGUGCUCCCUUCGGAAUUCUGUAAAGUUUCAGUCCACUGCUUGAAGAGAAGCGAUUCUGGCAUCCAUACACGCAACAACCCGACAUUUUUAUGUGCUCAGAACUUCAAAACAAAGGGUUUAAAACGCUGUUUUAGUAUCGAGUGUGAAUGAGGAAGCCUUCACGAUCGUUGCCAGGCUGAGCGCGCAACUUUUGAUGACGUAGGUAGUAAUAGGGUCUAUUGAGUGAGCUAUAGGACAAGUGAUGUCAUUUUGUAUCUGUAACUUUUAUAUCCUUGAUGACAGCUGAAACAACGAUCAAAGAAUGGUUCAGAGCGAAAAUGGCUAUUUUGUUGCUAAUUUGCAGGAAAUAUCUAGAAGAAAGUAGCUAAGCGUCCUCAGAAAUGUAGCUAGGAUCAUCACUAGGCGUUAGGAACAGCGACAAAGUCGCUGAGUUGGCACUACCUCACUCUCUGCUGCUAAAGCUACUGAUAGCAAAUGCUACGGGCGACGCUUGAGCGUGAACACGCAUGAUGCAGCCUGCUCGACCCGAGCCGCUCUCUUUUUCUGUGAUUUUACAGAAAAACAGGCAAUCACAGUAAAAAUGCCAGGGCUCAUUCUACAGGACCAGGGCAUUGCAGGAGAAUGUAUGAAGAAGACAUUUAUUAUUUCUAUACAUGUUUUGGCUGUCAAACUUCCAUAAUGCCCCUUUAAAAAGCUGCUCAAUUACCGAAACAAAUCACAUUUCAGUUCAUUUUAGUCAAUAUUGAAAUUGAGGUAUUUUUAAUUGAUUUCUCAUUUAGUUUUCACCUAAAUGUAUUUUUAUGUUGGAUUAAUUACAUUUCAACAAAGAAAAGUCGUGAAUAUUGACACAAAUACAGUAAAUCCUUAAUUAGGAAGGGCAUUUCAGACAGGUGAACAGUUAUUUCCCCAGGCUCUAGAUGUUCAGGAUGCUGCAGUAUCACCUCUCCUUCAGUGCACCAGCAGUCACCGGUGAAAAGGUUUAUAGAAUAAUGUUUCUAAAGAGUGAUGUACUGCCUGUUUUCUGGCUAGCUGUUAGCUUAUCAGUCCUGUUUUUUUUUCACCUAACGGGCUUUCUAUAAAGGAUUAGAGUAACUUCUUCACAGAAACACACCUAAAAAUGUCUUAAACCUCUUUAGAAUGAGCUCUGUGAUUAGCCAAAUUGUGUGUUACCCAUCAGUUCAGAUUAAAACACAAUCCUGUAUUCUUCCUAAUUCAAUCAGUUUAAUCAGGGCUUCAGGAAGGCACAAUCCCAGCGGUUUUAACCUGUCAGGGUAGUGAGAGCAGUUGUUUUAAAUGUAGCAAAAGUUGUGUGUAAUACACCAAAACAUGCUCUAGUUUUUACAGAGGUGUGAUACAUUUAUGCUGAUUUAAGGAGGCGCUCCUCUACUGUCAUCAACAUGGGCUCAUGUAGGGGUUUUCUCAGCCCUUGGGUCGCCCUGUACUAUGCUGUGGUUCCCAUAGCAACAGCAGCCGCUGCAGCAGACAGAGCAGGAAAUGUGUGUAUGUGUGCGCGCGCGUGUGUUUGUGUGUAAGGGAGAGGAGCAUGUUAGUGCUGAGAUGGAUGAAGAUGCAGAGACUACAUGAGGAACUGGAGAUAUGAGGCUCUUGGAACAGCUCACCUGUGGAGUAUAGACAGUGGUGCUUGUGUGUGCAUGCAUGUCCUUGUGUACGGCUGUGCGUGCGUGUGUGUGUGCAAUGGAGGGUCAUCUGUUUCAGGUCUACAGCCACGUGUACACUCUCAACAAUUUGUUCACGGAGAAUAUGACGGUGAUUCUUGUGCAAGUGAACCCAGGGGAGACGUUUACCAUCCGGGCAGAGGACGGCUCACUGCAAUGCAUCCAGGGUCCUGCUGAGGUUCCCAUGAUGUCCCCAAAUGGGUCCAUCCCCCCCAUCCACGUACCACCAGGAUACAUCUCACAGGUACUGGAGGAUACUACAGGGGUCCGCCGGGUAGUGGUCACCCCCCAAUCUCCAGAGUGCUACCCUCCCUCCUACUCUCCAGCUCUGUCGCCCACACAUCACCUGCCCCCAUACCUGGCUCACCCUCACUUCAUCCACAACUCUCACUCUUUCUACCCUGUCAGCCCAGGGGAGCUGCCACCCCAGCAGUACUACCAGCACCACCUUCCCCCCAUGUAUGGUGAUCCAGAAAUCAUUCCUGUUUAUGGAAUGUCAAACUACAUAGGCAGAGAGGAGACGUAUGGCAAGCCACAGCCCAAAAAGAUAAAGGAACAAAGGCAAUUAGAGCGACAGAACCGACUUAAUUCUCCUCCCUCUACGCUCUAUAAAAACAGUCUUGGGCCAGCACACAAUGGCUAUAGUAACAAAUUGCAUGCCCCAUCGCUCGGGUCGGGGGGCGGAGCCAGCAGUCCAGUGGGCAAAAAGCCAGAAAGACGACUCCGCUGCAGUCCAAGAAACAGUGAGCCAGAGACACACACACAAGAUCAUGAUUCAGAGGGGAAGCGCGUUCAAGACAUGCUGUCUACAAUCGACAAACCACAGGUGUCCAAUGUUCAGGCACGGGCUGCCCGGUUGUCCUGGGCCCCCCCAGCUGGACUGGUAAACAGGCAUGGUAACGGGAUGCCGGUGUCCUGCUCCUAUGAGGUGUCUCUCUCAGAUAAGGGAAAGGACGGAAAGUAUCGUCUCAUAUACAGUGGUGAAGAACUGGAGUACCACCUGAAGGACCUAAGGCCAGCAACAGACUACCACGUACGGGUGACGGCAACAUAUGAAUCUGUCCGAGGUUCGUGUUCAGAGCCCGGCUCGUUCACCACACACUGCAGCGUUCCCGACGCCCCACUAGCCCCAAAACUCACUCACCGCACUAAGAGCAGCCUCAGUCUACAGUGGAAGCCUCCAGUGGACAACGGAUCCAAAAUCACAAACUACCUGCUCGAGUGGAACGAGGGGAAGAAGAACAGUGUUUUUAGAGAAUGUUACUUUGGGAACCAGAGACACUAUAAGCUGACGCGGCUGUUUCCCGCCUGCGGCUACACGUUCAGAGUGGCUGCGCACAACGACAUGGGCACAAGCGGCUUCAGUCAGGAGGUGGUAUUCUACACCAUGGGCACCCUGCCUGCUCUGCCUCUGGCGCCACGGCUGGUCAGGGCCGGCGUGUCCUGGGUCACCCUGGAGUGGGUACGACCUGAGGGCAGCCCCGGCGAGGAGCAGCUUAAAUACACGCUCGAGAUCCAGGAGGACAACAGCGGAACAGACUUUCAUCCAAAGUACACUGGAGAUAACUUGACCUGUACUGUACAAGGCCUGAAGAGAAGUACUCAGUAUAAAUUCAGGCUCAUAGCGUCGAACAUGGAAGGAAAGAGCAGUCCCAGUGAAGUGUUGGUGUGCACCACCAACCCGGAUAAACCAGGUCCUCCAUCUACACCUUGCGUUACCGGAGUGACGCCCUACAGCUUUACUGUCACAUGGGAUCCUCCUCAGGACAACGGGGGCUCGGGGGCUCUAACAUACCUGCUGGAGAUCUCAGAAGGAUGCUCUGAAGCAAGCCAGUGGGAGGUAGCAUACAGUGGUCCAGCAAGAGAAUGUGUGUGUGAGCGGCUGACACCUGGAACCUUCUAUCGCCUACGUGUGUGUAGCAUCACCACUGGGGGACACAGCCCGUGCACUGUUAGUGUUCCGGUCCGUACGUCAAGUGUCCCACCAGGUCCCUGCCAGCCUCCGAGGAUUGUGGGUAAAGCCAAACACAAGGAAGUGCAGUUAGAAUGGGACUCCCCUGUGUGUGAGGGAGUGUGUGAACAGUGUGUGUACAGUCUGGAGAUGAGUGAGGGAGACGCCAAGCCAACAGAAGUGUACCACGGCCAGGAGCUGCAUUGCACCGUCGCUAGUUUGCUGCCCGGUGCAACGUACGGCUUCAGAUUGAGGGCUGCCAACGAGGCCGGGUUCGGGGUGUAUUCUGACCUGACGGAAGUAACGACUGCAGCUGGACCUCCUGGCCAGUGUGGGGCGCCGCUCAUCACUCUGACAAGUAACACCUGUGUAACGGUUAACUGGGAGAGCCCUGAGGGUUCGGGUACAGACAUCUCUGAGUAUCGACUGGAGUGGGGGAGGGAAGAAGAACCCAUGGAGCUCAUCUACUCUGGGUCUGCCACACAGUGUGACCUGUCGGACCUGACGCCAGCCACAGAUUUUUGCUGCAGGCUACAGGCUGUCAAUCAGGCAGGCGCUGGCCCGUACUGCGACAAAGUGAGUUUCCGGACCCCAGCAACAAAUCCUGACCAGGUUUCGUGCCUCACCAUCCUGGACCUCCCGGCAUCCUCGGAGAUGGGUCACUCACCGUCUACUUGCCUGCUCCUAAAGUGGGACGAGCCAAACAGCAAUGGUGCAGAGAUCACCUCCUAUGUCAUCACCCUGGACGACCAAACCGUCACAGUGGAGUCGGGGACGAGUCAUCUCAUCACCAGCUUGCAGCCAGACAGCGAAUACAGUGUGCAGAUCCAGGCAGUGAAUGCUAUUGGCUCCGGUCCCAUGAGUCUGCCACUGCUGGCAAGGACACGCCCACUCCCUCCUGCCCCACCCCCACUCGAAUGUUCAGCAGCUGGCCCACAAAGUUUGAAGCUGAAAUGGGGCGAAAACAGCGGACACACACGCACCCUGCUACCUGAUGACAUGGUCUACACACUACAAAUGGAAGACAAGAACCACAGGUUUGUGACGAUCUAUCGUGGGCCCAGCCACACCUACAAAGUUCAGAGACUGAUCGAGUCCAGCAGCUACAGCUUCAGAAUACAGGCCAUCAGUGACGCCGGGGAGGGCCCUUUUUCUGACGCGUACACUUUCAGCACCACCAAAUCUGUUCCACCGGCCCUCAAAGCACCAAGAGUUCAACAGUUGGAAGGAAACGUUUGCGAGGUCACAUGGGAGACUAUCCCACCAAUGAGAGGAGAUCCUGUGAGCUACGUAGUCCAACUGCUAGUUGGACGCGAGUCUGAAUACAAACAGGUUUUCAGAGGAGAAGAGGGCUCAUUCCAGAUCUCUGGUCUACAAGGAAACACAGACUAUCGUUUCCGCGUCGGCGCCUGCCGCCGAUGCCGGGACACGUGCCAGGAGCUGAACGGCCCGUUGAGCCCCUCCUCCUUCUUCACGCUACGUCGCCAGGAGUUGGCAUCGUCGGGGGAGCAGUGUGCUCUGGAAAUGAGCAAAGGGGCGGGCCUGAUCUCAAGCGAUGAGCGCUUUGCGGCGCUCAUCGUCUUCAUGUUCGCGGGUCUCUCUAUCCUCAUUGCCUGCUUGCUACAGUACUUCUUUAUGAAGUGAGGGAAUUUUAACAAUAGGAUAGAAAGGAAAGUGAAAUCACAAAAACACACACACAAAAGAACUUACAAAUAAACAUCUAUGAAAGAACCGAAUGAAAUCAAAACAAACACUUGAGAUGUACUUUUAAAGGCUAUGUAUGUUUUUUUAGUGAAAGUAUCGAUUCAGGCUUUCUUUUGUCCUCAUCAUGUCUCGUUUCAUUCUUUCCCUCUGUGUUGGCAUCAUUGUGUCACUUAAGGAUUUUUGUGGAGGGAAGCCAGGUCUCGGUUGUACCUCGUUUUGGGAAUGAAAAUUCAUAAUCAAGCCUUAAAAUAAGUGAGCAAACCUCUUGCUCCUUAGACUGACUUGCAUGUUUUUAUUUAGUAUGUCUCUAAAGCAUAUUCAGUAGAAAACCUUUAUAUUUUUUGGCAGUCAGUGCCUUACUUUAUUUUUCGUUUCAGUGUUUAAUUGGUUGUUUUUUCAUUAUUUUAAUUUAAUUUUUCAUUUUUCGCUGUACUCGUUCAGCCGUAUUCAAAUGUAGGCCUUUGAAAACCUUUAGCUCGUUCCUACUUAUUGAAUCGUAACUUUACGGGCUGUUUGUUAAAUCCUACAACCCUCUCCUUUUUUCUCUCGUGCAGACAGACCUCUCUACAUAAUCAUUCAUUCAAUAAGUCAUAAUAUUGCAAUGACAAUGAGAAAAAGACACACACGACCAUACCUGCUCUGCUUUUGCUGUUCAACCGCUCACUCAGCUACCAAAGUGAUGCAAUCCACGUGUGUAAGAUGCUGCUAUCCUGUAACUUCAUUGUAUCUGAGAGAGAAAGGAAACUGGUUAAUAUAAAUAAUAGCAAAAUAUAAUUAUGUGACGUAAUGAAAAUGAUGGCAAGGUAAAGUCUGACAUGCAAAGUAAAGGAAUGGACCAUGUGCUCUGGAUCUGGAUCAGAAUCCACGAAUAGGCUGGGAUUGGAGUUUUGGGCCCGUUUUGUAUUCUUCCUUCUGCUAUGGUCCAUUUAAAUGGAGCUCCAUUAGCGAAAUGAGGUUCUAACAACCUGCAAGUGCCCUUCAUAGAGCUGUGUGUGCUGUUAACAGGGAAAGUCAUUUGAAGUUUGCUUAUGCUUCCCCCGUUUCUUAAAACGUAACGUCCAGCCAGAGCAGUGCAGAAGCUGUUCCUCCUCGCAAUCGAUAGAUCUGAAGACUCUUCCCCUCUCCAUCUGCCGCCCAUAACUAUCUCCAAUUACCUUUUUUUUCUUCUCUGGCUGCUUUUCUCCCAUCUUUUCUUCUCCUCCAAUAAUCGUCGUUCCACUUCUCUGUAUUUAAAAAAAAGGUGCUUUUAUUGACACGGAAUCAGAGCGACAGAGUCCCUUCUCAGACAAGCGUGAUCACUGAAGACUUGGACUAAUCUUCGCUAACCAAACCGAGUAAUCGACAGGACACAUCUUAACGGAACAGGACAUUCUGACACGCAAAAACACCUUUCGACCUCCUGUCUGAGCCUUUGUACCCCCACCCUUUUUUCCCCACCCUAACCUGCACAACAAAGCCAAGGUACAACCUAUUUCAGACCACGGUAAUCCAAAGAAGUCGCCCCGGCCAGCAUUAAUAAUGUCAGUCAGGUGGGGCGUGAUGGCAGAGGGUUUAGAUGGGAGGAAGAGGUCGGCUCUAAUGGCAGCCUGUAAUGUACCUCAGGGAUAAGGCCUUACGGAAGAGGGGUGGGGAGUCUUACCCUGUCAUCCUUUUAUCAUUUUUAAUUUCUUCUUCUUUCUCAUCCUGUUUUUUUACCCUUUCCUUUUUGACUCUUUGAUGCUGUUUCCCGCCAUCUGUUCUGCUGUGCCUUGCUCCGGUGUCAGUAAGCAAAGCAUUUUUACGAGUUCAAAAAAAGAAAAAAAGAAAAAAAAGAAACCCUUUGCCAAAGUCGAUGGGAGAGUUACGGUAGAGUUCUUUUUCUAGGUUUUAUUUAUACUAUAUAUUUGCAUACAGUACUUUACAUGCCAAUUACAGUGCAAUCUUCAUUUAUUUAUUGUUUAAAGAUUAAGAGGCAAGUAUAGUUAUAUACUAAUUUUUCUUGUAGCAUGUUUUAUUUUCUUUAAUUUUUUUUAAUGGAUGUAUGUUAAAUUGUAUGAUUAAGGCCAGCAUUCCUUAUCUUAGUAACCCUUUAAGUAUUUCUCUUACAGCUGUUGGGAACCUUAAGCUCAUCAGUCCAUGCAUCGCAGACAAACAUGUAACCAAAUGUAUUUAGUUGUUUCAUCUCCUGUUUUCGGCCACAGCACAGGCGAGCGGUUCUUGCAACACUUAGAGAGAUGCAGCAAGCCGGACCUUAGGGUCACUUCAAGUUCCUCUGUACUGGGAUAAACGUUUAUGCCUUUAAAUGCUCUUUUUUUUCUUGAAUAGUGUUAUAAUGAAGCUUCUGGUAUCUUAUUUUACUGUUUAAUGCCAAAGUGCAGGCUUUUCGUGUCCUCUAGAUGUUUGCUACAUGUCUAAAGGGUCCUGUGAUACUUAGUUUUUUUCUGUAACAUCAUUACGAAUAUUAUGUCAUUAUUACUCAGAAAAAAAGAAAAGGACAUUAACUUGAUCUGUGAUUAUGUUUCUUUUCAUAUUAUCUGUUGUUAUUUUGUUUUGUAAAGCAAAAAAUAGAAAAAAAGUGCCAUUUUUUUAUACAAAAAUAAAGUGUACCCCGGUUUUUUUAGAGACAAACACUGAAAGAAGGCAAAAACAAUCACGUAGAUGAUUUCUAAACAGACAAUAAUAGUUUCCUUUUCAGGAUUUAGCAGUUUUUUCCCUUUAUUUUGUCCAGUGUUUAGCUAGAUUUGCUAAGAGAUGAUAUACAGAGAUUUCUAUAGAGCUAUAGAAUAAUUGACUUUACGACUAACAGAGUUGAAGCACUUUUGUUUUCAUGCCGAGCAUCAGACGUGAUGAGGUUAUGAGUGGGAGAAGAAAAAUCCUUUGCUCUAUUUUGAACACUACUGCCAACAUGUUCUGCUAUGUUCAUUGGCAUUACCUAUGGAUGCCUCACUGUGACAUUGGCAUUACUGGAGCGUGGUUCUACUCAAACACCUCACUCUCUGCUGAUCUCCAGCACCAGAGGAGGGAACACUUGAUUGUGGGACAGUGCCUUUGCCAAGUGUGCUUGUUGUGUGUCUAUCUAGUGUGUUGCAUUGUAAUUGACCAGUGACAUGUGACUUUUUCCCAUCUUCUUGUUGCCCUUCUUCCUCCCCUUUACGAGCCUUAAUGCCUAAAUGUGAGAGCAGAGGUUCGUUUGUCGUCAUCAGGCCAGUCAUGUUUAGUGUUGAACAAUCUGAUGUUAACUGAGAGGUUUUAGGCUGGGUACUUCCUUUAUGUGUUUUAUUUUAUUUCUUUUUACAAAAUCUCCCCAAUCAUCCACCCUCCAUGCCCUGCACAUUUAGUGGCUAUGUCGAGAAAAAGUGAUGUUUUAGCCCAGCAACCCUCUCCCCCACGCCCGUGCCUUCUGAUCAGUUUUUUUUAAAUGUACAUUUUACAAUAAAAUAGAGAUUUUGACAAAGAGAUUGGCGAUUUAAGAAGAGACUCACAGCUAUUUAAGUACUUUGUAAGCAAGACAAAUAAAAAAAGUAGAAAGAUCUUUUUACCUCAUGAUUUCAAAACGAACAUUCCAAUGUUGUCAUAGUCUACAAUUUGGGGAAGAAAAAAAAAGAAAUUUGUGUAUUUCUUUUUUUUCUUGUGUUGUAAAUGUUAGACAAUUUCAUAUGCAUUAUAUAAAAGAAACUGCCAUAUCAAUUUUAAUGUAUAGAUUUUUGAAAAUACUACCCUGUGUAUGUAAGACGUAACUGUAUCGGUAGCGUAUAUAUAAUAUAUUUAUGCCCAAUAAAUGUUUUAAUUUUUUUCUGA